CCAUGAGACUGCUGGGAAAGCGCGACAUUUAAAUCUGCUUCCGGUUUCUGUCUGCUGCUGUCGAAACGCCAGACAUGGAGCGACAUCAUAACAGUGUGACGAGGACUCCCCUCAACAGUGUAGCAGUUCAGAGGAGGAGUAAAAGCAAGAGCUACCGGUUGUCGUACCGCAGCGGCAUAGGGGCCGCUUCCCGCCUCGCCUUCACUCCAGGAUUGACAGGACGGAGGCUCAACACCAGCAGAAAGGCUCCAAAGUCUGACAAAAUCACUGAAAAGGUUACGAAGGAGCAGCUGGCCUUACUGGUCAAGACUGAGUGGAAGCUGUCGUAUGUUACUCCUCUCUAUCAGUUCAGGCACACCCAGCUGAAGAGCUACUCCAGGCAGCUGUCUGCGUUUAUUGCUGCAGAGAAGCUGCAAGGUAUGGCGGUGGAUGUGGAGGGAACACAGAACCCCUUCAGAGUCUCCUUCUCUCUGUUGCAGGAGAUGACUGAGUCAGCUGAUGAUGCUGUGACCGUCCUCAUUCAGAUCCAUUCAAAGCCCUUGUUUGCCAGGCAGGACGAGCCACAGAGGCCAGUCUGGAGCGGCUGGCUGACCUGCAUCAACGGAAACCUGGAGUACCUGCGCUCCCUCCCUAAGGACUUCGUCUGCCUGCCGCUCUUCUGCAGCAGCGAGGCCGGGGGUCUCACCUCUUUGGUCAAAUCCUGGUUCCAACAAUCCUUCGACUGCUGCUUUGGCCCUCUGGAAAUCAGCCACACGAGCCUCCAGUGGCUGAUGGCUUUAUGGACUAACUGCCAACAAGAGUCCAGCAUCCGGCAGCUCAAAAUGAUCUGGACUCUUCCAGUAGAGCCUCAGCUGCAGGUCACAUACACGGUGGACGCUGAAGACGCCUGGCAGCUGUGGAGCAGUGUGAGGAAGGAGAAUACAGCGGGGGAGGGGGGGGAGAACAGUAUUGACAUUGAGGAGGUGAUGAGCUUCAUGCAGGGGCUGAAGGGACACUUCUUCAGGCACUUCAGACUGGAUCUGUCUGCAGGCAGGCUGAACGAGGUCUCCACAGCUCUGGGAUCAGCCAAGAGCAGCGGAAGGAUCAAGUUCUCCAACAGCAAGUACAUGAUCACCACGCUGAUGCUUCUGACAGAGUGCGCUCUCCUCAAAAUGCCCAUCUGAGUGACACGGUAAAGACGCAAUAGCAGCAUGUCACAGAACACAUUCUUCCUCCCAAAAAACUGCUUGAAUCACCUUUUUUAAAUACAGAGAUCAGCCAACCAUCUUUUUUCGUAGUAAAACAACUAUUUUCCAAAUAGAAAAUUCUUCAAUUGAGGAAAUCUCGUUUUCAUAAUUAUGAUUUGAGUAUUGAGAUAACGUGUUCCUUGUUUACCAUGUUGUCUAUUCUGCUGCAAACAUGUAGGUUCUUCUCCUUUUUGUAAAUGCCAAACCGUAUAUAUUUGUGUCCCAUUGUUUGUAUAAAUGUGUCAUUUUCUAAGUGUAAAUAAAAGUUAAAAAGCA